UUUUUAAAAAUGAAGAAUAUCUACUUAAUACGCUCUUUCACUGGAAAACUUAUAUGCGUUAACAAUUGGUUUAACACACAUGAAGAAUGUUUCAUAUUCAACGCCGUAAACGAACUAUACUUAUUUGGUCAUUUUUUUCACGUUUUAUGCUAUGUUAAAAUCUAUAGUUUGCUUACGGCAUCAAAGCAUAGUAUACACUUAAUAUGUGUUAAAAUAACGCAUUUGGUUUAGAAGUGGAUCUGCACUUUUGCCAUAUAUUAAAGAAUCAAUUGACGAAAUUUCGAGUUUUUGUUUAGUAUAUUUUGAGUUUUGAGUUUUUUAGAUAAUUCUUAAGGAAAUUUUAAACGUUAAUGUUUCCGAUAAAAACGAGUAGAAAAUUAGGCAUCGAAAGAAAUUGAAGAACAUUCCGCUAGAGGCCCUAGUAUUGAAAGUGCAUAGUGUUUCUCAAAAUUAGAUUUGCUGCAUACGCAGAAACACCCGAAGAACAGUAAUAAAAAAUGAAUUUAAAAAAAUAGCAUCACAGUUAUGUAUAAUGCUUGGAUAAAAGAACUAGAACAUACAUGAGCACAUGAGCUCAUACUAUAAAGAAACUUGUUCUGAAAACACUUUGACAGACAACCUUUUGGACGAGGUAAAAAAAGUAAAAAGGUGGAUGAAAGGAUCACCUAAACAAGGUGCAUUGUUAUUAGUGAUCGAUGUUACUGUCAUACAAGAUGAAAUCUCAAAAGAUUUAAUCUACUCCGGACAAAAAUUGUUACAAAACGUACGAAAAAUAAUACAAAUACAAAUACGGAUAAGAAUAACAGCAAUAGUAACGAUAAUAAUAACCAACCCUUGGAAGGAUUUAAGUGAAAAAAAAAAAAAAAACGGCGUAACGUCAACCAACAAUGCAAGAAGCAACUUUCACCAUUAAAACUUGUAUAACUAGUUCACAAGGGUUAUGGUUAAAAUCAGUAGUUAUGAGAAACGCUCGGAUAUUAGUUGGAUACUGGUUGCAAAUAAUAAGGACGGUGGUGGCGUGGAUACUGGUGCUGUUGGUGCUCCCGGUGGCGUUGGCACACGGUCGAUCUUGAGUCUUGAGAGUGCCGACGAGUGUGGUUACUCUUAUAUAUCUUCUCUAUACACUACUUAUACUUACACUUAUCCUUAUCCUUCCACUUAUACUUAUGUACUUGUUCUGUUCGUUGGUUCAUCCAACGUCUGCUCUAACGUCGUAUUUAUCGCUGUCGUUGUACUUAUAUUUUAUACAUAUAUAUAUUUUACAUACAUCUGUGUAUUAGUGUACUUGUGAUCUGUCUGUGCGCCUGACUAUGUGCCCCGACACGAGAGUGAACCGACCAAGUGGCCGAGCCAAGCCGAAGAAGACAACCGCGGCACUCGUUCAGUAGUUUCUCGGACGGCGCACCGGCAUCAUCCGACCUCCAAUAAUACACCAGAGAUAACCCUCUGGUCUUAAUUACUAUUCAUUACCACCUAUACAUACAUAUUUAAUAAAUAAAUAAAUAAAUACAUUGAUCUAUAAAUACACUUUUAAAUUAAAAAAAAAAAAAAUUUAUAAAAUAAAGAAAAAAUAUAUGUGUGUGUUUCCACCCUUAUCACAUGGAAUUUUUUGAUGAGCCAGCUACACGUGACUCCAACUCUGUUCGGAAAAAUUUUUCACUCUAAAGAAGAAAAGUUCGAAGGAGCUGAAAGGAGUAAUAAAUAUUUGAAUUUAGCGGGAAAAAAUAAAUUACAAAUGAAACGUAUGAUUUUAAAUGGAUUGGAGCCGUGUAGUGAAUUAUGUAAAUUAAAAUUUUUAAUUGGAUGUGAUUUUAAUAAAACAGUGACGUGUGUGUCGAGGUAAUAAAGAUGAUGACUUUAUACCGGGACAAUGUGGUACACAUUACUUGAAUUGAGUAAAAUAAAUAAAUAAAUAAAUUUUUUUAAGUGGUGUUAAGUAAUAAUUUAUUAGUAAUAGAAAAAUAGUAUUUUUAAAAAUUAAAUUAACGAAUUGAUGUAAGUAGGGCUGACCGCGAGAAUAAUCGGGUGGAUUUUCAGUAAGGUGGUAAAAAGAUAUACAAGACCCGUUAAGGCGAUCCGUCAGAGUGGGAUUGAUAGACCGAGAAAACGACCGCGAAAUAAAACAAGAGGAAGAAGAAGAAGGAGAAGAAGAAGAGGAAGCUCACGGAUAAGUUUCUUCUUAUUCUCUAUAUCUCUAUAGAGAAAAUAAGAAGUAAUAAUAAGAGUAAGAAUAGUAGAGCACAGCAGGGAGGGAAUAGGAAUAAUCAAAGGUAAACCACUAUGAGAAGACACAAUAGCUCCACUAGAGCAUGAAUUCGUUUAAUAACUCGCAAGAGGAUUUUUAUGAUUAUGAUAACGCGGUGGUAUCUUCAUUAUGCUUUUACCAGCGACAGCUGUUUCAUUUAUUUCCAAACAAAAUAAUAAAGUGAAUAUUUGCUUGAUAAUAUUGUUAUUAUUAUUAUUAUGAUUGUUUUUGUUAUUAUUAUUAUUAUUAUUAUUAUUAUUAUUACUAUUAUUAUUAUUUAGUAGCCUACUGUGUUAUUAUUACCGGUAAUUUUGAGUUUUAUUUUAUAAAUGUAUCAUGAUGGUACAGGAUAAAAAAGACAGCGAGGCUAGGUGGAUUGCCAGCCGACAGCACGGCUGUCUGAUGGAAGAAGCGAGAAUAAUCGACUUGGUAAUCGUUGGUGGUAAUUAUUAUUUGUAGCAAAUAAUAAUAGAGUUAAAAAUUCAAUAAAAAUCUAGUAGCCGCGGAGUAAAUAGAAAAAUAGCUAAGUAAUAGCUGGUGUAAUAGUAAUAAAGAUAAUAAGGAAGAAGGAGAUUGCAAUAAAGAGUUUAGAUGAGAGCGUCAUGCUUGGUGAGAUCGACACGGGCGAUCCAAAAGUGGUGAAGUCUCAUACCGAUAGUUCACGAUCCAUCUCCAAUUCUACUCAACCUUUUUAUUACCGAAGAGACUCUAUUAGUUUUAGUUUUCACGAUAGCAAUAACAAUAAUAAUCAUUUUAAUAGCAAUAGUUGUAGUUGUAAUAAUAGUUGUAAUGAUGAAUUUUCAUCCAGUGGACCCUCCGGACGAGGGAGAGACAGAGACAGAAAUUGUUAUCUUAACCGUAAGUUGUGUAAGAAAAAACUCACCAAGGACAAUUUGUAUUCUUCAAUGGAUAACUACUCCAUUGAUAAUGAUAAUAAUGAUGAUGAUGAUGAUAAUGAUCAACGAAAUUUAUUAUUAAACAGUGCUGAUAGAUCCGCGAUUUAUUGUGAGACGCAUUUAUGCUACGAUGAUAAAAAAUGUGGAAAUGAAGAAUCAUCAUGUAAAAAAAAGUCAGUGUUAACUAGGGUUAGUAAUUAUUUAACUGAGUCUCCGGUCGAGUCUAGUCAACGCUUCCGUACAUUGGGAGAUUCCAAAGGAAGAGGCAGUAUUGACAGAGAAAAGCUUAGUAGAGUGGAGAAUGAAUGGUUCGUGAGUUAUAAAAGUGACGAGUGUAACUUUAAAGACAAUAAUAUUGAUAAUUGUAGUUUUAAUAAUGAUUAUGAUAAUGAUGAUGAUGAUAUUGAUAGUAACAGUAGUUUCAAAAGUAACGGUAGCGGUAGAAGUAGUACAAGUUAUUACAAAUUGAAAGACAAGUGUGACCGUAGAAUCCCAUGCAGACGGUUUUACAUCCAAUUUGCGUUUAUAUUGUUUUUGAUUGCAUUUGGUGGACAGACGGGUGUCGGAGCGGGCAUUGGGAUUGGUGUACCUAGAUCAAGUGUACUUGGGAUUAUUACCGUGGGUACGAUGUUCGGUGUGACCGGCGUUAAAGCUGCGCCAGUUGACUUGAGUGAUGCUGGUAUUAGGGCUGAACGCUCUGCUAAUUUAUCUCAUCUCACUGGCACGUCAAGGAAGAUACUUAUAUUUAUUAAGAAUAAAUAUCUUCAAAUUUUACCCGAUGGCACUGUUAAUGGGACGGAAAACUUUACUGCUGAUUACAACAUAUUCCAAAGGAUUUCCGUAUCAAGUGGUCAACUGAAGAUCCAAGGAGUCGCGACAUGUCUAUACCUCUGCAUGGAUUCCUGUGGUCUUCUUUACGGAUCUCGGGACUACACCGAGGACUGCGUGUUUAACGAGACCCUUGAAGCACACAAUUACAACACAUACAGCUCAAUACGAUGGUCGACACCUCGUAAAACACUUUACGUUGGUUUAAACCGUCACGGACAGCCGCGAAGAGUUCAAGCCCGGGGUCAUAAUUUAGGCCGGCUUUCAAGUUACGCCCGUGUGAUGACUGUCGUGGUAUCGCCGGAUCGUGUUGAAAAUUUGCAAGCAAGAAUGAUGGGUCUCCAGCACAAAGUACGGCACCAUCAUGUGAGCCAUCAGCAACAACAGUCUCAACAUCACCAUCACCAGCAGCAUCACCAAAAUCUACAACAAUCGAUCUGUCCGAGUUUUCCGACCCAGGAGAAAGACGGCCGCGACAGGUUCCGCUGUAGAAAACGGAGAAAACGGAAAAAACGCAAAAGACGCUGCGAGAAAAAUGAUAAAGUCGAUUCAAACUGUGACACAAACAUAAAUAUUAAUUUAAAUAUCAAGGAAGACAGACCGUGCUCUGAUAAUGUGACCGAGGACAAUAUUAAUGGGAGCGAUGACAGCCCUGCUAAAAGAUCAUCCUGCGACGAUAAUUCAACUGCUGUUGAUGAAUUGUCCAGGCGACAGUUGUUAAAUUCGACUGUUGUCCUUAAAAGAAAGUCACGGAUAGAUUUAGUUAACAAAAAUGACGGUAAUAAUAAUAAUAAUCGUAGUAAUAAUAAUAAUAAUAAUCGCAAUAAUAAGAAAAAAGAAGGUAAAAAUAAUAAAAAAUUGAAUAAUUCAAGAAAAGUAAUUUUAGUCGACGUUGCGGGCUCGACUCCAGCCACGGAAGUCCAACAGUCUAAAGGACUGGUUUUUAAAGAGAAUUUAAGUCCAGCAAAGAAGAAAUUUCCAGGAAGAUCGAUAAGAACAACUGUGCCGGCUCCAUCAUCGGAGAACUCAAGCGCAACACUGGCUAGUUGGUUCAACGAGCCGACUUCAACAACUCAGUCAUCUUGGGAGAUUUUCAUUAAGCGUAAAUCAGCAUCAACUCCAUCGACACCUGUCACCAAUCAAGCCACUAAAUCAUUUGAGAAUCCAAAGAUAAUUAUGGAUGAAAAAGAGGACACUGAUGAUUCAGAUGUCGGUAAAGUUGAGGUGAAUCCCAGUAGUACGGAAAUUUCAAAUCUAGAUACUAGUCUAUCCGCGCUGGAAACUGAAAAUUUAUUGACCGACGGCUCUAAUGAAAGCGAGGAUGAGACUCUCGAGGAUUACGGGAUUUCCCCGGUUGAUUAUGGCGCCCUGAUGACAACCAUGGACACCACUCCGCCGGAGAGAACCGAAGACUAUGCCAAGACGACCACGCAAUCUAUUUUAGAGUCUAUCGAAGCCAGCCGACCGCUAAUUGAUUAUUUAAAUCGGUCUAUGAUCGAUUCCUCGUUCCCGUUUCGGAGACUCGCUAUGUGAAAACUCUUGUCGUUUUUUAAGACUUUAUGUAAAGUGUAUAUAUUAUUAUUCUUAUUAUUAAUAUUAUUAUUGCUAUUAAAAUUAUUAUCAUUAUAAAAUAAUAAUAGAUACGUAAAUAAAUCGAUGUAAUUUAUAAUUAAUUAUUGAUAAAUAAUAACGAUAAAAUAUCCCAAAUAUUUUGCACGUUUUAAUAAACUACUAAUCAAAAUAAUAAUUAUACAUAUUAAUAAAUAUAAUAAAUGGGAUAAAAGACAACCGAGAUUCAUUAACUCGCGUUAAGAGAAUAAUAGAGACUUAAAUAAUUAAAUUUUUUAGAUAAAAAUAAUUAAGUGCGACAGUAUGAUGAUGAUGAUUAUAAUUAUUACUUUAAUGGCAAGAGGCUGAUGAUAAUCUCCUUGCGAAUCUCGGAUGGUUAUAUAUGUAUAUGUCCGAUUUUAUUAUAAUGUAGCGAUUUAUUUAUUAAAAAAAAAAAAAAAUAACUAAAAAUAAAAAACAUUUUAUUUAUUUACGUCACAACUAAUGUGUGUAGGUAUGUGUGUGCAUAAAUAAUCAUAAGUGUCUUUGUUUAGGCAUUGUGUAAUUAAAAAGUAAUUUAUAAUUUUAAAAUGCAAUGAGAAAAAUUAUUUAUAACUAUUAAAAAUUUUACAAAGUAUUCCUUUCCCCAUUGUAAGCAUGUUAUUGAUAUAUGUAUUUUAUAUUUUAAUGUUUUUUUUUUUAAAUAAUUACUUUAAAAGUCAAUAAAGUAUGUGUAAAUAAAAUAGACUUAACACUUAAUUGAAAAUGUGAUUAAGAAUAUUCUCAUGGAUCGAAAUGAUGAUGAUAUAAAUAUAAAUAUUUAUAUAUGAUAUACUUAUAUAUUUAAUAUCACCAGAUCCCACUGCCAUUUUAAUAGCAACAAUGUAUUUAAUCUCAUAGACUGACGAAAAAUAAAUAUAUGAACGUUAAACGAGUAUUUAAUACUAACUUUCAAAAUUGCAAUGGGGACGUAGGAAAUUGUCGACGAUUAAUAAUAAUUAUUAUUAUUAUAAUUUAUAUUUAACAAUAAUUAAAAAUAAUGUAAAUAAUGUCAUGUAAAGUCAACAUGUGACUUAAACGCACAAAAAAAUUAUUAUAACU